AUGUCCAGCAGCGGGGCCGCUGGGUGCCGUGCCGCAACAGCUCCAGGGGUGAUAGAGCAUUCCGAGCGGCAGAGGAGCUCGAGGAGCGACGCUCCGCGACACCUGCUCUGCGACUUGACGAAACGCUCUCGAGGUGCAGUAGAACGGCGUGCGCCGACAGCCGUGCCCGCAGCCCCUCCAGCUCCCCGGAGGAAAACCCGGCAGGGCGGACGGCUCGGCCUCGCUGCGGGUGACGGCUGCCGGCACGGCCGGCGGUGGGCACCGAAGGGUGCUCCUGCCGUGACCCCGCCGGGCUGCCGGGCCCGGGGAUGCCGCCGUGCUCCGUACCGUGUACCCCGCUCGGCGACGAGGGAGCGGCCGCGCCCCGGGGUGCACCGCAGGGGCCGCAUCGCCCGCUCCGCGCCCGCCCCGACAAAGCUGCCGCCGCCUCCCCGCACGCCGCUGCCCGCGGCCCCGCCGCCGCCCGUCCCAGCGCUGAAGCGGCCGUCACGGGCCAAGGCGCCCGCCAAGAAGGCGAAGGCCACGCGGAAGCUGAGCUUCGCCGACGAGGUGACCACCUCGCCCGUGCUGGGGCUGCGCAUCAAGGAGGAGGGCCCCGAGGGGCGGCCGGGCGCGGAGCCGCCGGGGGCCCGCACGCCGCUGGGCGAGUUCAUCUGCCAGCUGUGCAAGGAGCGCUACGCCGACCCGCUGGCGCUGGCCCAGCACCGCUGCUCCCGCAUCGUGCGCGUCGAGUACCGCUGCCCCGAGUGCCACAAGAUCUUCAGCUGCCCCGCCAACCUGGCCUCGCACCGCCGCUGGCACAAACCGCGGCCCGGCCCCAGCGCCGAGGGCCCCGCCGCCGCCCCGGCGGGCAAGGAGAACAGCCCCGAGCGGCGGCCCCGCGCCGCCCCGCAGCCCCCGCCGCCUCCGCCUCCCCGUCAGCACCUCGGCGGCGCGGACAGCGGCGCUCCGGCCCCCGGCGCGGAGGCGUUCUCGUGCCCGUGCUGCCAGAAGCGGUUCCGGCGGCAGGCCUACCUCCGCAAGCACCUGGGCACGCACGGCGCCCCGCGGCCCGCCCCCCUCGGGCCGCCCGAGCGCGGGCAGCUCUCCUUCGGCUGUCACCUGUGCGGCGCCCGCUUCCCCUCGGCGGACAUCAGGGACAAGCACCGGCUGUGGCACGCCGUGCGGGACGAGCUGCUGCUGCCGCCGCCGCCAGGGCGGCCCGAGGGCGGCGGGGCGGCGGGCGGCGAGCGGCAGGGCUUCCCCUGCAAGCAGUGCCCCGCCACCUUCUUCAGCGCGCCCGGGCUGGCGCGGCACGCCAGCAAGUGCCACCCGGCGGAAGGCAGGCAGGUCCUGCUGCUCCAGGUGCCCGUCCGCCCGGGCUGCUAGCCCGCCGGGUGCCUCGAGCUCGGACCGGGCCCGGCCGCGCUGUAAUUCCUAUGGAACGUCGCGGUUCGUGUCCUCGCGGCCGCGAGGCGGAGGGGCCGCGGCCCCGGGCCGGGCGGUACCGGGCUGCCUUCGGCCCGGGCGGGAGCGCGGCUGUACAGACGGUACUUAAAGAGAGGAACUAUUUCUUUCGUGAGAAAGGAGCCCGACCUAGCGACCUUGUUUCAAUAGCCUUAGCCCCCGAACUUCGCCACUGAAGUUAUUGUGAAGUGUUUCGUUCGCUGUAUUAUGUACCAAAUAGUCAGGAAGGUGAAUGUUCCUGUUCAGUCGGUGUCCGGUCACAUAAUAGCUAGCAAAUCGUAUGGGAACCUGUUCGUGCUGUCCGCUUGCUAAGAUGCGAGGUGUUGCUCUCCGUGCUAAGUACGCAUCUCCCGCUCCUUCCGUGUGUCCGCGCUCCGGCACGGUGCGUGCAGCUCCGGGGCUACCGCGGGUCCCGCGCUCCUGCCAGCCCGUGGCUGCCCCGCAGCCGGGGCCGGGCCGGGCCGGUGCUGCCGUAGCGCAGCGUGCCCCCGGGCUUUGCCGGCGCCCCUGCCCGGCGCUCCGACACGCCGCGGCCAUCCCGCCCGCUACCGGCGUCCCGGGCUGUACCUCCUCGUUCGGUUGGUUAUUUAUUUAUUUAUUUUCACGCGGUGCUGCUUGUUUCCAAAUGUGAUCGCGGAUGAGGCCAAAAGUAAGGACGAGCAAAUUCAAUAAAUGGUCUGAAACAAAGCGAACGCCUUGCUUGAAUUCCGUGGGGAGAAGCAGGUCGUUCGGUGAGUGCUGAAGAACCAAACUGAUCCCGGGCAGCCUUCACUACAGCGCUGGGAAAUGAGCAUGCAGAGUAUUUCCACCUUUUCAUUAAGGCAACGAAUUCCCUACUUCUACAUUUUGUUGCACACGACAGAGCGCUCACAUGCAUCGUGCCCAAGGGCUGAGAGCGAGCGAUAACGCUUCAUUUCACGUGUCCUUUGCGGACUUUUCGUGUUUGGGUUCCAGGAUCUGGAAAACAGAAAGCAUCCAGCAGCCCGUGAGGCUGCUCUGUGCUGCCCGCCGAGG